AGAGGAGUUUGAAAAGAUGGACUGUGACCAUGAGGAUGAACGCAGUGGCCAGUCACCAACUGGAUCGGAAUCCAACUUUCGUGAAGAUAAGCUGCAAGAUAGUUCAGUUCUUAGUACAUCAGCUUUUCAGCACACUGCAUCAUCUCUUGUAAAAGACUUGGAAUCUACUAGAACAUGUCUAAAGGAUAGUGAAUUAUCACCAACUGAUGAACUUUCUGGGAAGGAAAACUUGUGUCUUAUUUCCCCUCUUAGCAAAUCGAAACCACUAGCAUUUGAUGUGCAUAUCAAAGAAGUCCCAACAGAUUUGAAAAAUCCAUUUCAGAAUGUUCUAAACCCACCUGGCAGUGACAUCAGCAACGCUUUUCCUGUCUGCGUUCAACUACCCACAAACCAUCUUAAAAAGUCACAUAUCACUGCUUAUAAACCAACACACCAUCAUCGCAAAAUCAGCCGGUCCUCCACCUCCACACUGAGUCGUAUGAGCCUGAAAGCCCCUGUUGAAGACCUGUGUGCAUCCUUUCUGUUGGCGUGUUUGUUCUGCAAGUUUUGGGAUUGCAUGCUGGCCGUUGGUGAUGGAUGUCAAUUCUGCGUGGCCUCUAUCUGUUCGUCCUUCUGCUCUAACGCAUGCUGUUGCGACCCUUCCAAUCUGGAGGACUUUAUAGAUUUUUGCACAUGUUGCAGCUGCACUGAAUUCAUGGAGGCAUGCGGCUGCAGGUGUGGAGAAAACGCCUUUGACUGCUCCAUUUGCGAUCUUUGUCUAGAGACGACUGAAUGUCUGGAACUAGGCAUGGAACUCUCCCAGCUUCUGUUUCACUAGCUGCUCAUGAUGUCUCACACUCAUUUAUAUACUACUCAUGACAAUCACAUAAAGCUGGAAUGGAAUGUAGCAAAUGUUAUGUACUGAUUUUUUUUUUUUUUAAUGUUUUAUUUGUUAGGGACAGAUACAAUAAACAUAGAUGAAAAUGAAACAACAGUCAUCCCAUGCAUGUACCAUAGUGCUUGUAGCCGAAGCUAAUUUGCAACACUCGCUGCAAGGAGGGCUUUUAUAAAUUACAAUUACA